CAAUCCUGAGAGAGAACAUAGAUGUCUCAACGCUGGAAAUCCAGAGAAUUAAGGAACGGUUUACUGAGGCUCAGCAACAGACACAGAAACAAAUGGCUGAGCUGAUGGAGACACAGAAGGAGCUGUGUCAGAAGAACCGGCUCCUCCACAGGGAGAACAAAGCGGUCCGAGCCCUCUGUCUCAGGCUCCAGGGUAAGGCCGAAGACAGCCAGGGACGUCAGAUCUGGCCAUCGCCCGGCGAAGACUGCUCUGAGGCAGGAGCUGAUAAACCCUCCCAUGCUACUGGGGAAGACCAUUUCCUGGAUGAAGCUUAUAAUGAGGUCCUGAACCGACUUGAGGAAAAGCUAGCCGAGGUGGAGACGCUACGGAGACAGAGACAGCAAAUGGAGCAGGAAAGGGCUGAAUUGAACCUGAAGAUACAGGAGGAAAAGGCCAAAGGACAGAGGUUACAGGUCGAACUGGACACGAGUGAGCAAGUCCAACGGGAUUUUGUGAAACUCUCCCAGGCGUUACAGGUCCGGCUGGAACAGAUCCGACAGUCUGAUUCCCUGGAGGCCAUCCGUCAGAUUGUCGACUCGGUGAGCUCCCUGAAAGACGCCAGCCAGUUACAAGGGGCGUGGGAGCCAGCCUCCUGACCCGCUUCCCGCUCGGAACGCCGUGCCUGUGGAUGGGCGGAUGGACAGGCGGCUGGGGCCUACCUUACAGUCACGGAGAGAGUCCCAGAGAGAGAGCCACUCUUCCACGGCCCCUCUGUCCAUCCCUGCCUGCCUGUAGCUGAGACCCGCUCCCUGUGUCACCUUCCCACUCCCUCCCUCUUCCCUCCCCUCUGUCUCUCUGUCCCCUCUCUCUCUCUCUCUCUCGCUCCCCGUCUCUCUCCCUGUGUCUGUCUGUCUCUCUCUCUCUGUCUCUCUGUCUCCCCUCUCUCUCCCUCCCUCUCUCUCUCUGUCUCUCUGUCUGUCUCUCUCUCUCUCUCUCUCUCUCUCGCUCCCCGUCUCUCUUUCUCCCCGUCUCUCUCCCUGUGUCUGUCUGUCUCUCUCCCUCUCUCUCUCUCUCUCUCUCCCCCCCCCCCCCCCCCUGUCUCUGUCUCUCUCUCCCUCCCUCUCUCUCUCUCUGUCUCUCUGUCUGUCUCUCUCUGUGUCUCUCCAUCCCCCUCUCUCUCUGUCUCUCUCUCUCUCUGUGUCUCCCCCUCUCUCUCUCUGUCUCUCUCUCUCCAUCCCUCUCCCUCUCUCUCUCUCUCUCUCUCUCUCCCCCUCCUGGUUGCGCUCUGUCUCUCUGUCACUCCCUUAUCUCUUCUCCUUUUUCACGUGCUCCCUGUCACACGUGCUCCCUGUCACACGUGCUCCCUGUCACACGUGCUCCCUGUCACACGUGCUCCCUGUCACACGUGCUCC